UAGAAAUAAGUUGUUGUCGUUGAAAUUAGUAACAAAAUACGUCAAAAAGGUACAACAAAUUAGUGAUAAUUUUAGUUAAUUGCUAUAAAAUAUAAUAAUAAAGUGUAGCAAGCAGGAGCCCUUAAUGUAGUUUUGGACCCCUCCAAAUAAAUGAGUAUUUAAGUAAGUAUGGCUGGAUUUACGGAAAAUGCUCUAAUCCGUAAAUUGCAGGAAUUGAACUCAAGCCAACAAAGUAUUCAAACAUUGUCCCUAUGGCUAAUUCAUCAUAGAAAACAUCAUGCUGCAGUUGUAAAAACGUGGUUCAAAGAGUUACAUAAAGUCAAAGACAGCAAGCAGCUUACUUUUAUGUAUCUAGCAAAUGACGUUAUACAGAAUAGCAAAAAGAAAGGACCCGAAUAUGGCAAAUCAUUUGGCGAGGUACUCGUAGAAGCAUUUCAGUUAAUGGCAAAGACUGGUAUAAACACCAAGACAAAACAUUCAUUGCAUAGAAUACUAGCAAUUUGGGAAGAAAGAGGGGUGUAUGAUGCUAAGAAAAUACAAGAGUUUAAAGUGGCUGUUGACCCCAAUGAUGCGAUACCAAAGAAAGUUAGUAAAAGAAAGUCUACUGACACUGAGCCGAAGGAUCCGGAAAAGAAACCUAAAUUGGAAAGCAGAGAAAAGAGAAGAUACAGUGAGACGAAAGUGGAAGUGGAUGGCAAGAUUGAAACUCAUAUCACGCUAAGCCCCAAAACUCCACCUGGUGACCCUCCGGAACCUGAAGAGCUCAUCAAGGCUUUGUUAGAAUUGGAGUCGAGUGCUUCAAGUGACGAGGCAGUGCGGGAAAGGAUUGCAUCUCUACCUCCAGAAGUUUCCGAAGUGCAAUUAUUGUCUAAGUUAGAAGAUAAGGAGUCGGCGUUAAGUUUAAGUUCAGUCGUUAAUUCGGCUGUGGAGCUACUGGCGGAAUAUAAUUUGCGCCUUUCCGAAGAAUUGGAGAAGAGACGGAAGGUGGCCGCCAUGUUGCGGGACUUCGCGCAAGCACAGAAGGAUCUGGCUAAACAUGCGGAAGCUAGACUCGAGGAAUACAACAUAAAACUGCAAAAAAUGUACGCAGUUAAGGCGGAAGUUAAAUCGCACAUCGAGAACCUGCCAGACGUUUCCAGAUUGCCAGACGUCACUGGCGGUCUUGCGCCCUUACCCUCCGCCGUUAAACGUGUCACCAGUUUGCCAACACACACUUGGACAGCUUGAAAUCAGGAUUAAUCCUUCCAGAAAGCCUGUAUUAUUACGGAAGUUAUCUAAAUAGGCUGUUUAAUUACUUAUUAGGACUCAAUUAAUGACAUUUGGUAAGGAAAGGAUAAAUUUUCAAUAAGUAACAAAAUAAAAAGAGAAAAAUAAUUGUAAAAGCUUAAAUAAAAUAUGAUUGAAAAUUUGUACUCUCAUUCAAUAUUAAUUAACUGUUUGCACGUAGCUGCAUUCUAAUUAACCAUUUAUUGUUUAUAAUAAACCAAAUUGUAGUCUAACUCCUAUACAUUAGGUUAAUGUUUAGCUUGUAUCUGCGAUAUUACAAAUAUAUACAUAUUGUUAUUUAAAAA